AGAAAUGGCCAAACUUUCACGACGGGCCUCGUCGUCUGCAGCAACGCCUUCAAGAGCCACCACAGCAAGCACUGCGAGUACAGCGGCAACAUCGGUUAGCCCGAGUCAUGCCCCAGGCGACACGCAGCAGGAGUCGGAGCAACAGACAAGGACAAAUCAGCAGGAGGAGUACCAGGAUCAGAAGCAGCCAAAUCCGACACGUCAAAGUCCGGAGGAACAUCAUCCGCAGCAACAACGCCUCGCCCGACGUGCCGCCAACAGCAGCGGCAACAAACCCCAAGCUGCAGCACUUGUUGACACCGGUCCCGAUGUCCUCCAUGAGCAUCCAUCGCCAUCACCGACACCGUCGGCGCUCUCCUAUCACAAUAACAACAACGUUAAUAGCAACACUGCCACGCCCGCUGCAACCGCUGCACCAGCUCCCACUCCCGCCCAUGUCACGGCCACGCCGUAUAUGCCACUGCUGCCGCCCGGCGAGCGGAAUCUGACAGAAGCGGAAAAUGCGGCGGAGCGGGCCAGAAUCAGGGAGGAGUUUUUCGCCACCUAUGACGUGAUGACGGGCGUUAGAAUCGCCGCCACCUUGGGAGGUUUCUUUGGCCUGAUGGUCUUCCUUAUCGUGUGGAAGAGCCGGAGCAGCAGCAACGAGACACUGAAGGUUCUCAAGGAUCCCAAGAUGGCGGCCGUAGCUGCGGUCUGUAUGCAGGAGGAGGAGGAGCGUGAGAUCCACGAGGCCAUAGUGGCCACGGGCAUGUCUAUAUAUCCGGAUGAGUACGAUGCCUUGGUCUACCGUCGACAACGUAUGCUAUCGCUGGGCAACGUGAGCGCUCCGCCACUGCUCAAUCGCGGGUAUCGUUGCGGUUCUGUGGGUGGAGUUGGCCCCAGUGUCCCUGUGGGUUAUAGCUAUCUCCUGGAGCCACCGCGACGUUUUUCCUACUCUGCAAUGUCUGGAGGCGGUGGACCGGGCUCUGGCCACAUAGGACGGCGCAAGAGCGGCUCGGAGUCUUCCCGGAUCUUUAGCAACUAUCCCAUGGGCGGUAGCUUUGGCACCGACGACUACUUUGUGGAGACGGAUGACGAGCUGGAUGCCGAGGAGUAUAUGCCACCAGGUGCCCAGGAUGAGGCGGAUCAAAAGCACCAGAGAACGGACUCCACGCGCAGCAAACAGGGAUUCCUGUCCGUACCGAUGGCGGGUCACGACUCCCGGCGGAGCAGCGCGAUGACCUGCUGCAGCACGGACAGCUCGUACCUGGAGCGUCGCACCUCCGCCUACAUGGGCGGCUGCAUGAGCAACCUGCCGCCCACGCUGCAGCGUAAGCUCUCGACGGCCUCCCGGACAUCGAGCAUCGACAACUGGGACUACUACUAUCCAGACAUCCAGGUGAUCCAGCCAACGCCAAAGGCUUCGCCCUGUCCCUCGGAGCGCAGUGUCCACGAGUCGUCCAACGGAGGAGGAGGAGGAGGAGCAGGAUCUGGAUCCGGGUCUGUUUGCGGAUCACGGAACUCAAACUUGAGUGCGCCGAGCAUCAAGCGGAAGCACAGCAUUGUGUCUUACGAUCCAGACAGUGCGCAGGCGGGCCGGAAGCAGCAGAUACACUCAAUAAGCGCCGACACUGUGGACGUGUAUCCUUACAACCAGGGGAGUUCCGCCGUGGACCUGGCGCUUGCGUUGCCGCUGCCCAAGCCCGUGCAGUCAGCACCGCCCACCAGUGCCCAACAGGCGUUUCACUUCUGCGACUCGCCCUCUGAGGAGCUCCGACUGGGAGUUCGGCGAAAGCUCACCCUGGUCGAGCUGCAGCGGGACGAGAGCAACAACAACAGCUUUCCUUAUACGGCGAAUGCAGCGGCACCGUCCGGAACGGCGGGCACUGCUCCCAACUCGAGCAGCAUCAGUGUGGACAGCACGCCGGCGAGCCUGGAGAGGCUGAAUGGCGGGAGCGGAGGAAGCCUGUCCAUGUCUGCCUCCAACAAGCUGCCCGCGAUCGGUAACAACAAUCCGGAGAAGCGAGCCCCGCUAGCCUCACUAAGUUCCUUCAAGAUCUCCUCGCUGGAGUGCCCCGACUCCGAGUUACGCUCUCUCGACGAAGACUCGGUUUUCGGGGUGGAGAGUCCGGCGGACACGGAUGAUGACAUGCAGCAACUGAGCAGCGACAGCGAGGAGCAGGAGGCUCAGGCACAGGCUCUUGCUUUGGCUCAGACUCAGGCUUCGGUGCGGGUAAGUUCGGAAAUUAAACCCAAUCCGUCUGUGCCCCUGAAGCGGAUGAGCAUGAGUGCAGUGCCAUCGACGGGAAUGGAAUCUGGGGGUGGCACCACCGUGGUGGCAGCUGGGGGUGCCCGUCCUAGGAGGCCUAUGCUGCAGCGACACCGCACCAUCGGCGCCACAUCCAGCGAUAGGGUGGCGCUUAUCAAUCAGCCCCUGCAGCUGCAACAGUUUCACAUGGGCCUGCCCAUCCAGUCGGAGGUGGCAGCUCCCCUUGAGACGCACUUCGGGGCGGUGGUCAGCCAGAGUCCCCCGCGACGGGGGCCGCUCCUGCAACAGUACAGUGAUCCGCAAACGACGACGACAACCACAACGACCACCACUACAGAGGAGGACACCUGCUCAACGCUGAACACAGAGCUGGGACUGGUCGAGGCCGCCGGAGCUCCUCUGGGCGGUGGUGGUGGAGAGUCCGCAACGCACACGCAGUACAGCAGCCUGAACACGGUCAUCAGCAUGGGCCGUUCCACACCCAGUCCUGUUCCUCUGACUAGCCGGAUGGACAAUAAUGCCGCCGCACAGCCCUCACAGCAGCAGCCAGCUCAACUGCCAACGAACGCCACCCGGCUGGGGCACGAUCCCUGUCCCUCGUCCGUGUCCGACUCGGUGAUAACCACCCGGCACCAGAGCAUCUGUGUGCCCGCCUCCCUCAAGGAUCUGAUCCUGCGCAAGGGAUCGGGUCCCGGCACCGCAUUCCUCGUUCCCGCCAGCGGGAUCAGCAAGAGUGCCGCCAACCUUAGCUGUGAGAGUGGCGCACAUAACACAACGACUGCGACGCCCGCCGUCAUGCUAGAGCUUCCCCUGAUCCGGCUGCCAAACGAGGAGGGUGAGGACGAGCACGAGGCGGAGGCGGAGGGGGAAGCGGAUGAGGGCAACUUGGAGCGGGAGGGCAUGGCUGUGAGUGGAGAGAAACGCGAUCCCAGCUUGCCCGGCACUUCGCGCAAGUGGUCCAAGGAGACACUCUUCUAGCCCAGCUGGUUUCCACUGCUCCAACGAAGGCAGUUCCCUGGCCCGGGCCAUUAUUUAAGAGCUUAGCAACUGACUUUGUAAGCAUGGUUAUAUGGAAUAUACAGUGAAGACUCCCAAAUUAAUCUAUGAUCAACUUUUCCCAAACUUGUUAAAGAUGUUUUCCGUAAAAUAAUUCAACAAAUCUAUGUCAAGCUCAGUUUAAAGAUAUUCUCAAUCGCUAACUGAUAUAUUUAUUAAUUGCUAACACCUAUAUAUAUCCUAGUUAGAGGAUAUUUUUCUAUGAUAAAUCUAGUACGAGUCCAGUUCUCCCAGUAACAAUCUUUUUCUAAGGGAAAAUAUCACUGUAUUUCCGGUAGUCGCAUGGUCUGGCAACCAACUUCCUGGGUUGUCACUGGAGAACGCGAACAUUGAUUGAGUAUUUAGGCCUAGAUUAGGAGAGUUAGAUUAAGCGCAUUUAGUCAAAAUACAUAAGUUAAUUGGGUCGCUCCCGGUCCCUGGCUCCGACUGGCCGACUGAGGAGCAUGGGGAGUUGCAGUAGAGUACUUGCCUACUAUAUACUACCUACUAUAUAAUUAGUAUGUACAGACGAUCGGAUGGGUGGAGGAGAAGGAGGAGCAGGAGGAUGAGGGUAAUAACGAACAGCAACCAGAACAACAACGUAUUCGUACUUAGAGACUGUUGUCUAUUAUUGUUAAUAGAACUCUAAAAGUUAAGUAGUGAUACUCGGAUUUAUUUUUCACACUAUGUAUCUUUAAAGCAGGAAGUGCCAGUGUACGAACAUAUAUAUAUAUAUUUGUAUGCAGCCAUACUAGGGAGGAGGUUUAUAUAUUUCUAUUGGUACGUCGAUCGCCGAUCUUUCUACAUCUCUGUAUUUCUCACUCUCCCUAUGAACGGAAUGAAAACUCUUCUAGUGUCUUAAACAGCAGCCAAAUACUUAAAGUAUUGUAAGUUAAAAUUAGAAAUUUUAUAGAUUGCACAACAACUGGGACGCGUUCGAGAUCCGGUUAACCUUGCAACAGACGUACUCUGACCGAAGACCUCAAGGACAUCGAUGCCUAAAUGUCCCGUACCCGUACACGUAGCUAGACCGUCUAGGAACACUUUCGCAUUUCCCCGCUCCUGCCUGUUAAAACACAGAUUGUUGAUGGAUAUAAAGUAGCGUUAGAGGGUUACAAAACGAAAUAUAUGAGCAAAUCCAAAUUGAUAGCAUUAGCAAGAAAAAAGAGUAAACGUAAACAAUUUCCUAACUCAUCCCACCUACGCAUCUCUAUUUUUCUAUGAAGAGCUAAAGCCAAGUUAAGGGAAGAAAUGCAACAGCAACCGAAGGGGAAAUAAAAUCAAAUAACUUGAAUUAUCCAAAUCAAAAUACAGACAUAAUUAGUUGAGAAGAAACCAAAGCGACAGGAUGGUACGAUAGAGCUGCAUUUUGAGGUAUCCCUAGCCGAUGAUCCCCAGAGACUUUCUCACACGCCUGAGCCUCAGCCUGAGCCUGAUUUGUACCUUUCCUACGCAUAAGUAUAUGUAAGUACAUGUAUGUAUGUACAAAUCGAGCCCUAUUUGAAUAUUUUUUAAUACUAGUAAGUAUUUUGUACGACGAGAGAUGAACUCGAACGGCGACUAAGCAGAGCCUGUGCCACGAGCGCAGCGAAAGGUAUAUCAAAUAACACAAAAUAAACAAUUAAAUGUUGGUUAUAUGCUGAAGAAAGUAAGAGUAAAUGAGAAUUCGAAAAUAUUGUAAUUGUAGCGUUGAUUUAAAGUUUAA